AUGAAGAUCUGCCCACAACCUGCAAAUUCACCAGACUUAAAUGCCAACGACCUGGGAUUUUUCAAUUCACUGCAGUCACCGCAGUACAAGAAGCGAGCAAAGACUAUUGAAGACCUU